AUGAGCGGGGGAUCUGACGGAGGAGGUGGAGGGAUGGAGAGCGCCAGUCAGCUCAAACCAACGCCGGUCAUCUACGCAGAGCUGUUGAACAUCUCCACCAACGACACCCAUGCCAACUUCAGCACAAAGGCGGAGGAAAAGGGCGCGAGCUUGGCUUUCCAGGCGGGUCUCGCCGUGACUUUAGCCCUCAUAACUUUCGCCACGACGCUUUCCAACGCGUUCGUCAUCGCCACCAUUUACCAGUCUAGAAAACUGCACACUCCGGCAAACUUUCUGAUCGCCUCCCUCGCGGUCACGGACCUGCUCGUGUCCAUCCUGGUGAUGCCCAUCAGCGCGCUGUACACGGUGAGCCAGACCUGGACUCUGGGCCAGGUGGUCUGCGACAUCUGGCUCUCCUCGGAUAUCACGUGCUGCACUGCCUCCAUCCUCCACCUGUGCGUAAUCGCGCUGGACCGGUACUGGGCUAUCACAGACGCGGUGGAGUACUCCAAGAAGCGCACACCUGCGCGCGCGGCGGGGAUGAUCGCCACCGCCUGGGUGAUCGCCAUCUCCAUCUCCCUGCCGCCCUUCUUCUGGCGCCAGGUGAAGGCGGAGGAGGUGACGAGCUGCAACGUGAACACCGACCACAUUUUCUACACCAUCUACUCCACCUUCGGCGCCUUCUACAUCCCCACGCUGCUGCUCAUCGCGCUGUACGGCAGGAUCUACGUGGAAGCUCGGAAGCGCAUUCUGAAGCAGUCGCAAAACAAGCCCGGGAAGAGACUCACCUCCGCGCACCUGAUCACCAACUCCCCGGGCUCGGUGGCGUCCACCACCUCCCUGAACUACGGGACGAACGACACCUCCUCCUGUGACACUACCUCCUCCUGCGCCAAUGUGAGCCAAGUGAAGGUGACCGUGUCCGACGCGCUGCUGGAGAAGAAGCGGAUCUCUGCUGCCAGGGAGAGGAAGGCCACCAAAACUUUGGGAAUAAUCCUGGGAGCUUACAUCAUCUGCUGGCUCCCGUUUUUCAUUUACACCCUUCUAGUGCCUCUGUGCGAGUCCUGCUUCCACCCGGAGUUAUUUGACAUUUUCACCUGGCUUGGUUACCUCAACUCUUUGAUCAACCCCAUCAUUUAUACCAUGUCCAACGAGGACUUCAAGCAGGCUUUCCACAAACUCAUCAGGUUUAGAUGUUGCAGGGCCUGAGUAGUCAAUUCCAGCCAUCAUUACCCCUCCCCCAGUCGUAUGACGCCAGAAUCCAGGGCUGGCCCGAGCUUUUAUGGGGCACUAAGCAGAACUGCACCCCCUCACCACCACCACCUGAGCACCAUCAGUUCUUAACUCUUAUUAGUGCUUGAUCACGUUCUUCUCUGUAAAUGUAACACAUCCAUUCAUUUGCAUUAACUGUAGUUGGCUUACAUCAAACCAGUAUGUUUUUUAAUCUUACUGGAUCAGCAAAUUAAAAGAAAUGUCUUAAUUUGGACUGUUUUAAUAUUUAAAGGCUGACAUCCUAAAGUUGUAUUUAAAGUUAAUAGCAAAUGUUACAUCACAACACAUUUAGAGUAAACAAACAUGUACAAAACAUAUAGUCUUUCACUGCAAAAUGGCCUAAAACUGAAGCCAACUUGUCUGAAAUUCUGCUGCGCAACAAACCACAUGCACCAUACGACAGAGGCGGCGGGAUCUCAGCAUUAUUUGACCCACAACCAUGAUUACAAUAGAAUAAAAUCCCGUUUUUGUGUGUAUUAUCAUUUUCGUGUAAAGGUGCUGGUGGCGUGGGGGCCCCACGUGGCUGUUUAGUGUGCUUAUUCCUUGGGCCAGCCCUGCCAGGAUCUUCUCACACCCACAUAAUUCAGUCCCUGUGGCUCUCCUGAGGCUUCAUCAUCGAUAUUCAGAUUAUUAAUCAUAAUGUGGCUCCAGGAUGAGUUUUCAGCUGAUGGACGGUGCAGAGAUGCAUUGACCUGCCUCCCAGUCUGAGUGCAGUCGAAUUCUUUUUUACGGUGAGGAAGCCCAUCACGCCCCUACAGGAGUCUGUUCUCUACAUGCUGCUCUGGACUGCAACCUGCAGAUUCACUUUGCCAUUAGACAGCCGACCUCAGUUGGCUUGUAAGCACAAACAGCUUAGAAUUAAGCUACCAAGAGCCCCGCGGGCAAAAAAUAAGUUUUGUGUUUUAUUUUCCUGACUCAGUAAGAGGAAAUUCUGGUGCCUAUAACGAGCUUAGUUUCCAGUCAUGCCUGGCCUACAGAGAGAUGAAAGCAUGGCAAAGUUUGGUUUAUUGUGUGGCCAGAGCUUUUUUUUUUUUUUUUGGUUCUUUUCAUGCUGUGCUGACGUUCACCUAAAACACAGCUCCCAAAUGAGUGUAAAUGUUUGACCUGUGUGCAUCGAUGUGAUCUUCUCCUCAGUUUGUCUCAGAGUUUCACUCAGUUAACUAAUAAAACAGAACCAGUCAGCUCAAAGAGGACGAGUCAGAAUCUAUUCCCUAAUGUCCUUCAUGUUUGGUUUCAUGUAAGGGAAAGAAAAUGAUUCAGAUCCAAGAGAUAAGCCACACUCCUCUCUUGGAAUUUCUACUUCCCACCAGGGAAAACUUGCAGAAGAGGAUUAACAUAUUUUUUUUUAAAUGCUGGAAAAUGUCAUGGUAUUCUGAUCAAAAAAUCACUCCUUCACAUGUUAAAUGUCAAGCUGCAACUGCAGCUGCUGGUCCCUUAAAAGAACAUUUAUGGAAGGAAAAAAAAAGGGGGGGAUAAAAGAACUAAAAACGUUGUUUUUUUAUUUUUUUGUUUGUCUUUUUUUUUUUUUUUUUUUUGAUAAUUGCUUGAAAAAGUGCAUUUCGUGUCCAUGGCUGCAGAAAGAGAUCACAGCUUUAUUUUUCCUCACAUCUGAACUGAAUUUAUCAACAGAACUCUGUCCUCACUGCAGAAAAAUCUAAAUAAACGUACAAAAUCUGAAGAAGAUUCUUAAAAUCACAUUUUCACUUCUGUGUGUUUGAGUCUGGACAGAGCCUCAGUGCCCCGUGCACGUCAUGCACAACAGAGAAAGUGUCUGAAUUUAGUUUCAGAAACAUCCAGGAGCUCUUUCAGAUCUUUUAAAGGAACAUUUUGACUUCCUGAAGCUUUGCUCUCGAGCAGCAGACGAGCAGAUUGAUGCCACGGCAGUUUUCUGAUUUACACUCACAUUCUUGUAAAUCUGAUGGAAUCACUACGGACAUUUUUCCUGCUCCAAAAAUUCAAAUCUGGUGGCCGCAUUACCCAUAAUGCAUCAGAUAGAUCUAUCAAAGCAGCAGCAGGGAUGAGGAGCAGCAACAGAGGUCUGGUAAGAUCACAAAUUUCUCUUUUUCUUUUCACCUUGUGGUUUUGAGCCCAUGAUCAGGCUUUUGGCCAUGGUUGGAAUUACAGUGAGUACUUGCUGGUACUUAGUAGUAAUACAUCCCAGUACAGUUCACUGGUAAGGACGGUGGACCAGAAAGUCAGGUGGACGACUGAGUGGUUAAUAUUGUGACAUAUAAUCUCCAUAAAUAAGGAGGAUAAAGUGGUUUUUACUGGCUUCUGUUCAUUGCUGUGAAGAAGCAGCUGUACCUCCAAAUAAAAGUUUUUUCGUGCAGAGAACAACUGAAACUUGGAUUUUUCAAAUAGUAGCUGAACUUUGUUUUAAUGAUAAAUAUUCUAAAUACGAUCAGAAUCUCCAUAAAUCAGGAGGUGUUGACUGUGACGAGGCACCAGCUUCGCUCGCGUUAUUUCUCUGAUCAGUA